GCCACCAGGCCCUUAAUCUUUAAAGUGGUGAAUAGCAGCAAGUCAAGACAGAAAGAGAUAUUAAUAAACCUCUGCUAAAACCCCUAAUCCUAUUUCUGCGUUCUGCUACGGAGGCUCUCUCUCUCAGCAAUCAUACACUCGCACACCAUGAGCAAAGGACCUGGAUUAUUCUCUGAUUUCGGCAAGAAAGCAGGAGAUUUACUAAACAAGGACUACAGUACCGAUCAUAAGAUAGCCGUUUCUUCUUCCUUCGCUUCUGGAGGUAUCACAUCAAGUUUGUACACAAAGGGAGGCCUGUCCUCUGGGGAUGUGGCAACACAACUGAAAUUCAAGAAUGGCUCGCUUGACAUCAAAAUCAACACAGAAUCAAAUAUCCUAGCUACCCUUACAGCAACAGAACUUCCAUCAUCCACAAAAGUUAUAGCUUCUGUUAAACUGCCUGAUUACAAUUCUGGCAAGUUGGAGGUACAAUAUUUCCAUGAACACGCUGGUAUCACUGCAGCUGCCGGAUUGAACCAUUCUCCUGUUGUUGAUGUCUCUGCAACUAUUGGCACUCCUACAAUUGCCUUUGGUGCAGAGACAUCCUAUACAACAGCUACUGGCGAAUUUCCAAAGUACAAUGCUGGUGUGCGCUACUCAACAGCAGAUUCUAAUGCCUCAGUUAUUCUGGCUGAUAAAGGAGAUUCAAUUCAGGUAUCGUAUUUGCAUCACCUGGAUCUUUUGAAUAAAGGCACUUUUGGGGGGAUGAUCAGUCGAAAGUUCUCAACAAAUGAGAAUACAUUGACAGUUGCAUGUUCCUAUGUGGUUGAUCCUCAAACAGUACUGAAGGCGAAGCUCAACAACCAUGGCAAUCUUGGAGCUCUUCUACAGCACGAGAUCAACCCUAAGUCCUUACUGACACUUUCUGGUUCUUUCGACACCAAAAACUUGCAAAAGAAUCCCAAAUUUGGGUUAGCACUCUCUCUGAAGCCUUGAUGGAUAAUACAGUUAUACUUGAAAACCGACAGGAAAGAUGCAACCAAAUUUUUUGUUCUUUUUAUAGCUUCUCUUGAUGUUCUUAUCUCAAUAAGAUUUAGGUAUUUUGAUAUAAGACAUUAUUUCUCAAAUUACUUUUGGAUAGUACUUUCUUAUUUUGAUUUCUAGAAAAUGUGCAUUGACAGAAUUGCUCUCGUCUUAUUUAUGAAUUCAAUCAAAUGACUGUCAGAUUUGACA